UCUACACUGAUCAUCAGCACACAGCAGUAAUGACAGAACUUGGAGCCUGGAGCGAAGUGAAGCCGGUCACUCUAGAAGUGAUCAAGAUUUGCCUUGAGAUGAGGAAACAGAUUGAGGAAAAUGUUGAAAAUGAAAAAGAUUCGAAGGUUUACAUUCCUUUGGUCUAUGCUUCUCAGGUUGUGAAUGGAACAAACUAUGUGGUCAAAGUGUUUCUUGGUGGAAGGGACGAUGGAGUGUGUGUUCAUGCGAAGAUACAUCAGGCUCUUGCCUGUCAUGAAGGAAAACUGACACUGUCUGGAUUCCAGUUCCCUAAAACCUUCGAUGAACCUCUGAAACCCUUCUGA